GAGUGAAACACACACAGUCGCUGUUAGUGAGAGGAGAAAUGGCUGAGAAAGGAGUUCAGCUGGACCGAGAAAUAAUCUCUUGUUCCGUCUGUCUGGAUCUACUGAAGGAUCCGGUGGCUCUUUCCUGUGGACACAACUACUGCAUGAAGUGUAUUAAAGCCCACUGGGAUGGAGAGGAUGAGAAGAGAAUCUACAGCUGCCCUCAGUGUAGGCAGACCUUCACACCGAGGCCUGUCCUGAUGAAAAACACCAUGUUAGCAGUUUUAGUGGAGGAGCUGAAGAAGACUGGACUCCAAGCUGCUGCUGCUGAUCACUGCUAUGCUGGAGAUGAAGACGUGUCCUGUGAUGUCUGCACUGGGAGGAAACUGAAAGCCUUCAAGUCCUGUUUAGUCUGUCUGGUUUCUUUCUGUGAGAAACACCUUCAGCCUCACUAUGAUGUGCCUCAGUUCCAGAAACACCAGCUGGUGGAGCCCUCCAAGAAGCUCCAGGAGAACAUCUGCUCUCUCCACGAUGAGGUGAAGAAGAUGUUCUGCCGCACUGAUCAGCAGUCUAUCUGUUAUCUCUGCUCUGUGGAGGAACAUAAAGGCCACGACACAGUCUCAGCUGCAGCAGAAAGGACGGAGAGGCAGAGAGAGCUGGAGGUGAGUCGACAAAACAUCCAGCAGAGAAUCCAGGACAGAGAGAAAGAUGUGAAGCUGCUCCAACAGCAGCUGGAGGCCAUCAAUGGCUCUGCUGAUAAAGCAGUGAAGGACAGUGAGGAGGUGUUCACCCACAUCAUCCAUCUGAUCCAGAAAACAAGCCGAGAUGUGGAGCAGCGGAUCAGAUCCCAGCAGGAGACUGAAGUGAGUGGAGUGAAAGAGCUGAAGGAGAAGCUGGAGCAGGAGAUCAGAGAGCUGAAGAGGAAAGACGCUGAGCUGAAGCAGCUCUCACACACAGACGAUCACAACCAGUUUCUCCACAACUACCCCUCAGUGUCAGCACUCAGUGAGUCCACACACUCAUCCAGCAUGGACAUCCGUCCUCUGAGACACUUUGAGGAGGUGACAGCAGCUGUGUCAGAGCUCAGAGAUCAUCUACAGGACAUUGUGAGGGACACAUGGACAAAGAUCUCAGUGACAGGGACUCAAGUGGAUGUUUCACUGUCAGAUUCACAAGCAGAGCCAAAGACCAGAGCUGGAUUCUUGAAAUAUUCACGUCAAAUCACUCUGGAUCCAAACACAGCACACAGAAACCUGUUAUUAUCUGAAGGGAACAGGAAAGUAACAUUUACGGGUCAACAACAGUCUUAUUCUGAUCAUUCAGAAAGAUUCACUGAAUAUCUUCAGGUCCUGAGUAGAGAGAGUCUGACUGGACGUUGUUACUGGGAGGUGGAGUGGAGAGGAGGAAAAGUAGUUUAUGUAGCAGUUGCGUACAAAAAUAUCAGCAGAGCAGGACGUGGAACUGAAUGUGGAUUUGGAUAUAAUGACAAAUCUUGGGCAUUAGAAUGGUCCCUAAACAGUUAUAAAUUUUGGUCCAACAACAUCCAAACUUCCGUCUCAGGUCCUUGGUCCUCCAGAGUUGGAGUGUACCUGGAUCACAGUGCAGGUAUUCUGUCCUUCUACAGCGUCUCUGAAACCAUGACUCUCCUCCACAGAGUCCAGACCACAUUCAUUCAGCAGAUACAUGCUGGACUUGGAAGUUAUUUUUCCAGAUCAAGUGCUGAAUUGUGUGAACUGAAGUAGACAGAGGUGAUUGAAGGU